CUCACUGAACUCCAUGUUGUGGACUCGCCAGCGAGUGUCUAAGAGCGCUGAUGAGAUGACCGUUUGAUCCCUUGCAGAUCAUGAUUCUGGAAGGAAGUGGUGUAAUGAAUCUCAACCCAGCCAACAACCUUCUCCACCAGCAGGCAGCCUGGACGGACAGCUACCCCACAUGCAAUGUUUCCAGUGGCUUUUUUGGAGGCCAGUGGCAUGAAAUCCACCCUCAGUACUGGACCAAAUACCAGGUGUGGGAAUGGCUGCAGCACCUCCUGGACACCAACCAGCUGGAUGCCAGCUGCAUCCCUUUCCAGGAGUUUGACAUCAGCGGAGAACACCUGUGCAGCAUGAGCCUGCAGGAGUUCACGAGGGCAGCAGGCAAUGCUGGGCAGCUGCUCUACAACAACUUGCAGCAUCUCAAGUGGAACGGCCAGUGCAGCAGUGACCUUUUCCAGUCCACACACAAUGUCAUUGUCAAGACUGAGCAAGCAGAUCCUUCCCUUAUGAACACGUGGAAAGAAGAGAGCUAUCUUUACGAGCCCAGCUAUGGUAGCACAGUAGAUCUGUUGGACAGUAAAACUUUCUGCCGGGCCCAGAUCUCCAUGACAACCUCCAGUCACCUUCCAGUUGCAGAGUCACCUGAUAUGAAAAAGGAACCAGACCACCCCGUAAAGUCCCACACCAAAAAGCACAACCCAAGAGGGACUCACUUAUGGGAGUUCAUUCGGGACAUUCUGCUGAGCCCAGAUAAGAACCCAGGACUGAUCAAAUGGGAAGACCGUUCCGAAGGCAUCUUCAGGUUCCUGAAGUCAGAGGCUGUGGCCCAGCUGUGGGGGAAGAAGAAGAACAACAGCAGCAUGACCUACGAGAAGCUCAGCCGGGCCAUGAGAUACUACUACAAGCGAGAGAUUCUGGAGCGCGUGGACGGACGACGGCUGGUCUAUAAAUUCGGGAAGAACGCUCGUGGAUGGAGAGAAAAUGAGAACUGAGGCUGCCGACCCUUGGGACACAAACCAAAACCACACAGCAAAUGGGUUAUGAUCAAUGAAGAACUGGACGUAAAUAUUUCAAAAGACUGCUGUUCAGUGAUAUUUAUGUACCAUGAAGGGACAAAAAACAUCUACUUCUGAUGGGAAGAACGAACACUACAGUUGACGAAAGCAAUUAUUUUGUUACGUUGAAGUAUGUCCUAUGUGGGGAGCCAAUGUACACAGUUUUCUGUGAACUCUGAAACUGUACGUGGUUGUGAUUCGCUGUUGUCUCUGCUGUGAUGUUCUUUUCUUCCCCCAAGAACAACAGGGCCUGUAGCCU